AUGCUUUUCUCUCCCCCUCCCUAUCGUGUCCCUGCUUUUUCUCUUCCUCUUCCUUACCCGCCAGUCUAUCGUUCUUUCUCCUUUUCUCUCAGCAUCCCUAUCAUUUUGGGUGCCUUUUCUCCCCUCAUCCCUGUCGUGUUUCUCUGCUUUUUCUCCCCGCUUCCUAUCCUGUGCGUCUGCUUUUCUCCCCUUCCCUAUCGUUCACUCUUCUUUCUCUCCCACCUCGCUAUCGUUCUUUCUCUCCCACCUCCCCGUCGUUCAUUCUCUCCCUCCUCCCCAUCGUUCAUUCUCUCCCACCUCCCUAUCGUCCUCUCUGCUUUCCUAUCGUGUUGUCUUUCCAUCCUUCUCCUCCCUAUCAUUCUCCCUCCUUUUUCUCUCCACCUCCCUACCCUUCUCCCUCCUUUUUCUCUCCACCUCCCUAUCCUUCUCCCUCUUUUUUCUCUCCACCUCCCUAUCCUUCUCCCUGCCUUUUUCUCUCCACCUCCCUAUCCUUCUCCCUGCCUUUUUCUCUCCACCUCCACUUCACUCUUCACAUUCUCUCUUUCUCUCCUUGGCUCAUUGGCUGUCCUCCUCUUACUCUCCUCUCUCCUUUUUCUUCAUUUUCAACUACUCUUUCUUUCCUCAUUUUUUUCAUCAGUUCUCUCUCUCUCCUUCUCGCUUAUUCCUUCUCUUUACCGAUUCAAUUACGUCUGUCUCUAUUCAGAUGCUGUCAGUGCAGGACCACACCCUGUAAUUCGGGAGUGUAAUGAGAGCCUUGACAGCCUGCAGUUGCAUGAGUGCAGAAAGGAAAUAAACAAAUGA